AUGCGUUUUUUACAGCCCGGGCCCUCGGACCACCAACCCCUUACAGUCGAGCACUCGGGCACAGUUAUUGCCACCCAUAUCAAACCAGACCAGAACGGACACGUAUUACCGGACGUACCACAGACAUCGAACAGCGUAGGGAUGAUGAUUGAUGAGACUGGAAUAUCCGGAUUUGCAAGCUUCAGUUCCCCAAGCAAUUUGGUAGAAGUCGGGAGUCCUGGGACUCUGGUAUAUGAGACUUGCCGCUGGAUAGCUGCGGUGGAGACAGAGCGGUUCUCGAAUUAUAUCCUACUUAGGGACUCCUUUCGUGACUUAGCCAACGAAUUUAUUUCCCGUAAUCUCGUUGUUUCGCCACAGACGAUCCCUGCAUCACAACAGGGAAUUGCGCCAGAGCCGGUUCUCUGGCACGUUCAAGGCGAGUUCGGUAGUCAUAUAAUCUUGAAUUUAGGGACGGCAUCCCCACUCGUAUAUACACAUGUGAGUUUUCAACAUAUAUUGCAUAUUCCGCUAGAAAUAACACCCCUUUUACUCACAGACACAGCAUCCGCAGACGCCCCCCCUCCAAGUCGGAGGAUUAACUCCCUCACGCUUUAUGGCGGCAAAUCUUACACCGUGUUGUUACGCUUCUUCGUUAUUGAAGACGCUUAUCACGGAUGGCACUGUGUAGCAGCGAUAAACCUAGAGCCUCUCUGGGUUUAUCCGAUAUGGCCUCCGGUAGAAGUUUCAGAUACGGCUGGGUUUAGGGAAAUGUGCAUCUCGCUUCGUUACCCAGCAAUUGUCGAUUCAGUCGCAACGUUUCAACCUCUGCCACCACUGCAAAUGAACACUUCUCUGUUCGGCGGAGAAGUGUUAGAGUCGACCCUCCCUCCCGCUCCUGAGCAUGCAUAUGCGUUUGAUUUGGGCUUAUCCCCAUUUCGAUAUCUAGAGACGGCUAUAGAAUCACCUGGUCUCGUCGUCGACUCGUCGAUCACUCUUCCAGUUAAUCAUACGUCCACCUCGACGUAUGCCGACUCGUCAGCUGUGGCCUCCUGCUCUCGCUCGGUCACCAGCAGGCCAAGUAAUAGAAACCGGUCGCGCCCUGUCGCACCCAGGCUGCGUAAACUGGCCCCGGCCCCGGCUCCAGCCCGUGAUUAA